CAUUACAAUAAUCAUUUGAAUGUUAUAUAAAGAGUCGAUAAGUGACAAGAAUCAUUUCUCCGCUGAACUAACACGACUCAUAGUGAUACUGCGAACAUUUAAGACCAGAUUGUCCGAAAAAACAAUCGAAAUCAUGGAUGGCACAGAAGCAUGUAGAUCGUGGAACGGUAUUGACUCCGACGAGGAGAUUGUUAUUUCUGGUAUUGCUGGUAGAUUUCCGGAUUCAGACAAUAUGAAUCAGUUACGAGAAAAUCUAUUCAAUAAAAAAGACCUUGUUAGAGCAGAUCAUGGGCGAUGGAAGACAGGAUUUCUGACAUGCUGAAACCGAAUCCGUUGCCCGCAUUGUUCUAUCACAUCAGGUUUCGAAGAUAUCUAUACCUAAAAGUGUCAAUAAAGUUAUUUUUCGGCUUCAUUAGGUUGAAAUAACUGUAAAAUACGUGUGUUAGGCUCAUUUUCUCAUUUUGUGGCCUUUUCUAAGGCAGAUUGAAGUGACAUCAUUAAAAAAAGUCAAUAGUUUUUCCAAGCAUUAAAGAAACUU